AUGGCCGCCGCCAUCGCCGCCUCGCUUAUCCGCCGCACCACCUCAUCGCCGUACCGCCGCCUUCUCCUCCCCACCUUCUCCCACCUCCACCGCCCUGCCCCCCAAUCUCCAUCCCCAUGGCUCCCAUCCCAACAUCGCUUCCUUUCGUCUGACGCACCCGCUGACCCUGAUCGGAAGCUGCCGCCGCUGGACCCGAAGCAGCUAUGGCGCGAGCUCUCCACCACCGAGCCUGCGACGGGCUCGUCGCGCCUCCCUAAGGCCACGUGGGACGACGUGGUGGCCCUCACCCGCCGCUUCGCCAAGGAUCCCGCCAUUGCCGACCAGGUCCUCGCGCUCUACAUCCCCUCCUCAGAGUUUCCCACGUACGCUCGGCACUUCCGCCACUUCAUCCCUUCGCGCCUCUCCCAAGAAUCCGCCGAGCGGCUCCUUUCUCUCCCGGGCGAGGACGCGCACGCCCUCCUCCUCCCGGCCUUCGCCGAGUACUGUCUCAACUACCAUGCGGAUCAGUUGAGGCAGAACAAGUCCGUCAUGGCUGCGGCCGACCUCACGGCGCCGCACACCUGGUACCCCUUCGCCCGCGCCAUGCGCCGGCGGGUGGUGUACCAUUGCGGGCCCACCAACAGCGGCAAGACGCACAACGCACUCGCACGCUUCAGCGCCGCCAAGUCCGGUGUGUACUGCAGCCCGCUCCGGCUCCUCGCCAUGGAGGUAUUCGAUAAGGUCAAUGCACUCGGUGUCUACUGCACCCUCCGCACUGGCCAGGAGAUAAAGGAAGUUCCCUUCUCCAACCAUGUUGCUUGCACUAUUGAGAUGCUGUCCACGGAGGAGCUCUACGAAGUCGCCGUGGUUGAUGAGAUACAGAUGAUGGCUGACCCUGUCAGGGGCUAUGCGUGGUCACGUGCUGUUCUUGGGAUCAAGGCAGAUGAGAUACAUCUCUGUGGUGACCCUAGUGUGCUCAAGAUUGUUAGUAAGGUCUGCGCAGAUACUGGAGAUGAUUUGGAGGUGCAUCAGUAUGAGCGGUUCAAGCCACUUGUUGUCGAGGCCAAGUCGCUACUUGGAGACCUCAAGAAUGUUCGCUCUGGUGAUUGCGUUGUUGCGUUCUCACGCAGAGAGAUAUUUGAGGUGAAGCUGGCAAUUGAGAAGUUUACGAAGCACAAGUGUUGCGUCAUAUAUGGAGCUUUGCCACCGGAGACAAGGCGCCAGCAAGCAACAUUGUUCAACGAACAGGAUAAUGAGUAUGAUGUUCUUGUAGCGAGUGAUGCGGUUGGUAUGGGUCUGAACCUUAACAUUAGGAGGGUUGUGUUCUAUAGCUUGUCCAAGUACAACGGGGACAAGAUGGUACCUGUUGCUGCUUCACAGGUAAAGCAGAUAGCUGGGCGUGCUGGUCGGAGGGGAAGUGUUUAUCCAGAUGGACUCACAACCACUUUCUUGUUGGAUGAUUUGGAUUAUUUAAUUCAGUGCCUGCAACAGCCGUUUGAGGAGGCACAAAAAAUUGGUCUUUUUCCUUGCUUCGAACAAGUGGAAAUGUUUGCCAGUCAGUUCCCCAACCUCACUUUCUCUGACUUGUUGGAUAAGUUCCGUGACAAUUGCCGCAUCGACAAGACAUACUUCAUGUGCCAGCAGGAUAGUAUCAAGAAGGUUGCUAAUAUGCUCGAGAGGGUCCAGGGUCUCUCCCUCAAGGAUCGCUACAAUUUUUGUUUCGCGCCAGUUAAUAUAAGGGAUCCAAAAGCCAUGUACCAUCUUUUGAGAUUUGCUACUCAUUAUAGCCAGAGCCGUCGUGUUAGCAUUGCGAUGGGAAUGCCGAAGGGUUCGGCAAGGAAUGACACUGAACUGCUGGAUCUUGAGACGAAGCACCAGGUCCUGUCGAUGUAUUUGUGGCUGUCACACCAUUUUGAGGAAGAUAACUUUCCUCAUGUGCAGAAAGCUGAGGAAAUGGCAACAAAUAUUGCUGUUUUGCUUGGCAAGUCACUUGCCAAGGCAUCCUGGAAGCCUGAAUCAAGACAACAAGCAAAGCAGAGGCGAGAAGAAAAAGAGGAGAGUGACAGCAAUGCUGAACAGGUGUCAGAUGAUGAUGCAAAGAAUGUUUCCAAAGUUGGUUAUGAAAGGACGAGAUCGCUUCCUAAAAAAUUUCCAAGGACAAGACAUGGUCAGCCCAGCCAUAAUUCUUCUUUGAACCUUCUGGCUUGA